CUGGGCCGCUCCAUGCAGCGAUCCCCACCGCGGACCCGGAACAACUGGGAGCUGGAAGCAGUCAGCACUGUCUUUUUCAAAUCAAGACUCCAUCUUCCAAGGCCGCGCUCGCACCUCUCGCUCCGCCCGUCUUUUUUUCGGCUACUGCGUACGAUUUUCUUGAAUGCGCAGUUCCGCCGCCUGGACUCACUUCUGGCCCCUCUUCCGACCUUCGCCCCGCUGGCGGAUCGCCUGCCCUUACGUCGUCGCAAUCAUUCCCAAACAGCCUCCCCCGCACUUGCUUACCCCCUGCAGCGGGCUUGAUCGUCUCAGCCUCGCCAGGCUGUCCACACUUAUCUGCCCGUGCCUAACCCCUGGUUCCCCUCCCAACGCUUUCCUCAGACAACGCAGGCCCCCAUCAUGGCUGCCGCAUUUCGGCCAGUCAAUAACCGGCUCUCGGCCGGAGAACACACCGAAGAAGCAACCGUGGCCUCACCGAUGACGCCGCGCCCGACGACCGCCCCGGCCGAACCGACGAAGCCUUUAGAUGAGGCGAAGACGCCAACCCGAACCAGCUUCGGCGCCAGCGCCAGUGCGAUGGCGUCGCAAAGACCUCUCCCGACCUCGCCAUUCCCCGAAUCGGUCCAAGUCCCCGAGCCCGCAGCCGGCGCGCCCCCCAGAGACCAUUCGCAGCACUCGAGGAGAUCUAAAGAAUCAUCAGAGGAUGUGGACAUGGACGAUACGGAUGGCGAGGCGCACGCAGCCGACGAUGGUGCCGGCUCGGAUGAGGAGAGCGUCGAUGCAGAUGGGACAAAGAACAAGAAGAAGAAAUCUCAGAGGUUCUAUUGCACCGACUAUCCGCCGUGCAACCUGAGCUUCACCCGGAGCGAGCACCUAGCUCGUCAUAUCAGGAAACACACGGGCGAGCGCCCGUUCCAAUGUCACUGCUCGCGACGGUUUUCCCGGCUCGACAACCUGAGACAGCACGCGCAAACGGUGCACGUCAACGAAGACAUCCCCAUCGACUCGCUCGCGGCCACUGGCACGCGGUUUCAGAGGCAGAUCCGGACCGACCGAGUGCGACAGCCAGGCCGAGCGAGAGCGUCCACAGCCGGCAGCGUUGGACCGGGCGGCCGAGGACAUGCCAAGUCAUUGUCCACAUCGAGCAUCGCGAGCGUAAGCUCGAUCGCUUCCACCUACUCCAUCAACGAAGCACGCCGACGGCCUCCGGCCCUGAUUAUGGCGGAAUCCCGACCAAGGCUCGAAUCAUAUCGCGCUCCGGAUGGCCAAUACUACCGGCCACCUUCGCCCAGCGACUUCAGCACGCCCACCUCGGCGACCUUCUCCACCGGCCAAAAUAGUCCCCACUGGGGCCCCGUCAUGUCACCAAACUCGUCUCACUCCCGAUCGCACAGCAUGUACGCUGGGGUAAGGACACCUGGCCGCCGGCUGAGCGUCCCGUCAGGCGGCAACAACCCGUUUCAAUCACCGCAUGGCCCCGGCGUCCGAGGCCCCAUCUUCGGCCCGUCGGGGCUGCUUAACUCGUCCAACAGUGGCACCUUGUCCCCGUCCCAGUCUAGCUUGCUGUCGUCGCCGACUGCUUCAACUUCGGCUUGGUCGCGGCGGGACUCGUUCUCUUCCGUCGCCGACGAGGCAUGGCGCAGGCGUACCUGGCACCCCGACACGCGGGACUACAACGGGGCGAGCAGGUUGAGCCAGGUCAUCACGCCCCCGCAGUUCCCCCCGGACACUGUCACCGUACCGAAUCCGCCACCUCCUGCAGGCCAGCCUCCGCAACAACUCCGCCUUCCGGGCAUCGAGUCGUUCGACGAGAUCACGCCUCUUCCGCCGCCGCGGCGCAUUCCGUCGCCAAUGGUGGUCGAUUCGAAUGCUCCCAAUCCGCCGACUCUGCCCCGGCCCGGCGACUUGGCCGCGGAUGAGCGACAGGUCCCUGCUUCGCAGUGGGACACGCAUCUGCAUCGGGGGCUGACGCGGCUGGAUAUCAACACGCCGCCGAGGGACAGCGCCGGGGCCUGGGCCAGCGAAGCGAACCAAGCCCUGCUCGCUCGCGCCGAGCAAGCCCGGGUCCGAUUCGAGCCAGAGGUGAAGGAGGUGCCCGUGGCGCCGGCUCCCAUGGUCCCGGCGCACGCCCCUGCUCCCCCUCCCAUGCUUGUGCCCCGCCAUCAACACACGGUCUCGGCGCCGGUAUUCAACACUCCGCGCGAAACCAAACGCCACGGAUGGUACAACGGCCCGGUCACGCCCCACCCCGCCGGGGAAGCGGCGGUUCAGGAGAGCCGCCCCCAUGUCGACCGGAUCGUACAUCCCAACAUCAGCUCCUUCCAGGGGUUCCCUUCCCGGGAGCCACAGCCGGCUCUCAGCCAGCAGCCUGGCCCCGGGAUGGAGCGGAUGGAGCGGAUCCCCGAGCGGCCGCCGAACCACCAAGGAACAACAAGCCCCGAAUCGCUGAAGCGGCUGGAGGCUCUUGUCGCCGUCGCCACGAGCGAGGGAUCCGCGACAACGGCUUACUGACCGCUCAUCCUGGGCACCUGAAAUCACGCUCUCUUGAUCUCAUCUGUAUUU